AUGACCUUUUUAACUUAUCUCUCAUUAAUGAUUUGGUUUACUUUAAUUCUGACUUAUCUUAAAUAUAAAUUGAUUGAAUUUAUAUUUAACUANACUUUGAAUACAUUAAAUUCCAUUAUUUUUACUUAAUGUGAGUAAGAAUACUUUAUUCAAUAAUCAGUUUGUGUUAAAUGUGCUCGAUAAUGUCUAUAAUAUAUAAAUAGUGCAUCUAACUGCAAUUCAUGCCGAUUUAAAUAAAAUAACUAAUAUUGUUGGCUUAUACUCUAAUUUUGAAACUAACACAUGUUAUUAUAAAGGUGGAGAUGGAAUAAUGAGUCUUGAUGAAGAAUGCGAUGACAGUAAUGUAUUAAAUGGAAAUGAUCGAACAUGUAGAUUAGAAUAAUAAUUUAUUUGUAAAGACUCAGUUUGUAUAAAACCAGAAUUACCAAUUCUAAUUCUAAUAUAAGCAGGUGAUCAAUCUAUAUACAAUAAUGUUAGAUUAUUUAAUUAUAAUAUAACAUACUCCUACAAUUUAACAAUGAUAUAGAUUUUAAUAAGGAUGUUGAAGUAUUCAUUCUAAAUGGUUAAGAAGAAAUAAAUAUAAAAUAAUAAUGUGACAUCACCUUCAAUAUGA